GCGCCGUUGACUUUUCGAAGGCUUUUAAAUUUGCGUGCAAAAUGGCUGCGCAGGUCGACUUGCGUGUUAAAGUGGAGGAAAAGCCGAAGGACGGUUUGGAGACUGCGAGCAAAGAGAAGAAGAAGAAGAAGAAACGCGAGCACUCGCCGUGCACAGAGAAGCACUCGAGGCCGGAGAAGGAGGCGAAAAAAAUCAAACUACAUCACCACCAACACCAACACCACCAUGCUCAACAACAGCGAGUACCUCAACAGCAGCAGCUACAACAACAACAACAGCAGCAGCAGAAGACUUCACACGGGAUAAACUUCAGCAGUAAAGAGCUAGCGCCUGUGCAACACCGCAAUCACCACCAUCACAACCACCACCAUGGCCCGAAGAAGGACGCGGCUAUGGUUUGGCCGCCUCGAAAGGCGAACCCGCUGCCGCACAAACCCGCUCCUGCCCCUGCUCCGCUCUUCACUUUCACUCCGCUUAAAGUAGCGAAGGCCGAGAGCCGCCACAGCACCAAGCCGCAUAAACACCCCGAGAAGGACGUGAAGCUAAAACCUAAGAAGGAAAACGCAGGGGUUAACGUGAAAGUCGACUCCUGUAAGAAACAGACAGAGGCCAAUAAUGAGAAUGGAAAACCUCAGACCUUGGAGGAGUACCUAUUGAAAAAGAAGAAGAAAAAGAAGAGGCACCGGGAAGACGAGCAGCGCAGCAAGCGGUUGCGGACGUCCGACAAGGCGAUCCAGACAGAUGACUGCUCCUUGUCCACCGAAGACAAGACCGUUCUCGCCAGCAUCAAAGAUGAAAAUCUCGAUCAAGUUGGCUCGAACGAGGGUUCAAGCUCACCCUUCCUCUCGCCUCAGGACCACUUCAUUCGCAGCUCAUGCCUGAAGACAAGCUCCCAUUUUAGCAGGCUCAUACAUGAGGAGGUGCAGCCUAAUGGCGGGGCAUCCAUUCUGCACGCGUAUGCUGAUGAACUCUCGCUCUUGCAGCCAGGGGAGAAGGAGAGGUUUGCGUGCGAGUUUCUCGAGCUGGCUUUUAGCGAAAUUUCCAAAGGAGCGGCACGGUAUGCACUUUCUGUGGUCCAUGGCGCUGCUGCCUACCUCCCUGAUUUCUUGGACUACUUUGCCUUCAACUUUCCCAACACACCGGUCAAGAUGGAGAUUCUUGGAAAGAAGGACAUUGAGACCACCACUAUCUCCAAGUUUCACUCCCAGGUGAGUCGAACAUAUUGCUCUGGGACAUAUCGAGCUGGACCCAUGAGACAGAUCAGCCUGGUGGGGGCGGUGGACGAGGAAGUAGGAGAUUAUUUCCCGGAAUUCCUGGACAUGCUGGAGGAAUCGCCGUUCCUCAAGAUGACCUUGCCAUGGGGCACCCUAUCCAGUCUGAAACUGGACUGCCGCUCUCAGAGUGACGACGGUCCCAUCAUGUGGGUUAGACCAGGAGAGCAGAUGGUUCCCACAGCUGAUAUGCCCAAAUCUCCGUUUAAGAGGCGCAGGUCCAUGAACGAGAUCAAGAACCUGCAUUACCUGCCGAGGACGAGCGAGCCACGUGAGGUUCUGUUUGAGGACCGGACGAGAGCGCACGCCGAUCACGUGGGCCAGAGUUUUGACUGGCAGAGCACGGCCGCUGUGGGGGUCCUCAAAGCCGUGCAGUUUGGAGAGUGGAGCGACCGGCCAAGGAUAACCAAAGAUGUUGUGUGUUUUCAUGCAGAGGAUUUUAAUGACGUUGUGCAGAGGCUUCAGCUCGACCUGUAUGAACCGCCUGUAUCGCAGUGUGUGCAGUGGGUGGACGAUGCGAAGCUGAACCAGCUGCGGCGUGAGGGCAUCCGGUAUGCGCGCUUGCAGCUGUGUGACGACGACAUCUACUUCAUCCCACGCAACGUCAUCCACCAGUUUAAGACCGUGUCGGCCGUGUGCAGCCUGGCGUGGCACAUCCGCCUCCAGCAGUACCAUCCCAAAGGAGAGGAAGCAAGCGGUCUAGGCUCGCCCGAGCCGAAUAAGCCGGAUGAGCCUGUUAACCAGAAGUCGGCCACGCCGGACGCACCUCAAGCGGACACUUUGCACCCGGAAAACACGCCCUCACUUAACACCACUCCUCAAGCUCCCUUAGUUCCUCAGGCUUCCCUCCACCCAGCUCCAGGUGACUCUCUGAGCAGCAGCAGCUCCAGCAGCUUUCACUGAUUUCUCCUGACGACCUGCAGGUGACUCAAACCACUUUCACCUGUUAAUCCAUUGAACAAACUUGACUGACAUUCCAGGAAAGGAUUUGAUCUGUCUGACAAAAACAAGACUCUAAAAAUCUGACGAAUAUAUA